AGCGUACGCCUCCAUUAGGAUAGGUCUACUGAACUAUGGACCCGGGGGAAAAGCGGCAACCGAAAAAAUAAUCCGUGUAAAAAGCGCAGUCAGCACGGCUAGCGGAGAACUAUUUACCGGCUCCUCCAUUUCUUCCUCUCACCCGCCGCCCACGUCGCUGUGUGCGCGCCUCACGUUCACCUCAGGCUGCCCCGGGGGCGCGCAGGAGCCAAUCUCCUAUUGGAAGGCUAGGGAGAGGUGGAAAAGGCGUGCUCGUUCCCCGACGUCAUCUACGAAAUGCACCGUGGCGAGGACGCGCACGGUCCUGCCUCCUCCUAAUAUCAGCUGAGGGGAAGAAGUAGGGCGCGCUCCCGCCUUAGGUUUGAAAUGUGGGGCACGGUUACCUCUUGAACGGACACCGCCAUUUAAACCGGGGGCGCGCAUCUCGUGGACGGCGGGACUCGAGGCGCGGUCUCUGUCCAGUGUGUCUCGGCGCCGGGAGGCGCUCGGUUUCCUAGGGAUGGCGGAGCGGCGGCCCUGAGAUGUAGAGCGGCCGCCUGCUUGCCGCGGUCCAUUGAUGAUAGGGGGAGCCCCGGGUGUCACCUUCGUGUCUGUCUCGGUGUCAUUGUGAGAGGAUUUGUGUAGCCAUCCUCUGCUCGGGACCUAAUACCUCCCCGGCUGGACGUCGCUCGUACAGUUCUUCGGUGGUCUGGUGGAAAUCCCCCCUCAGGACCAUGGCCGACGACGACGUGCUGUUUGAAGAUGUGUAUGAGCUGUGUGAGGUGAUUGGGAAGGGUCCAUUUAGUGUCGUCCGACGAUGUAUCAACAGAGAAACUGGACAGCAGUUUGCUGUGAAAAUUGUAGAUGUUGCAAAGUUUACAUCAAGUCCAGGAUUAAGCACAGAAGAUUUAAAGCGAGAAGCCAGCAUAUGUCACAUGCUGAAACAUCCACACAUUGUUGAGCUCUUGGAGACAUAUAGCUCUGAUGGAAUGCUCUACAUGGUCUUCGAAUUCAUGGAUGGAGCAGACCUGUGCUUUGAAAUUGUAAAGCGAGCCGAUGCUGGUUUUGUGUACAGUGAAGCAGUUGCCAGUCACUACAUGCGACAGAUUCUAGAAGCUCUGCGCUACUGUCACGAUAAUAAUAUCAUUCACAGAGAUGUAAAGCCGCACUGUGUACUCCUCGCUUCAAAAGAAAAUUCUGCCCCUGUCAAGCUUGGAGGUUUUGGAGUUGCAAUACAAUUGGGAGAGUCUGGUUUAGUAGCAGGAGGUCGAGUAGGAACACCGCACUUUAUGGCUCCAGAGGUGGUUAAAAGAGAACCUUAUGGGAAACCUGUAGAUGUCUGGGGAUGUGGUGUCAUUCUUUUUAUCCUGUUAAGUGGCUGCUUGCCUUUUUAUGGCACAAAGGAAAGAUUGUUUGAGGGGAUUAUUAAAGGAAAAUAUAAGAUGAAUCCCCGACAAUGGAGCCAUAUAUCUGAAAGUGCUAAAGACUUGGUGCGCCGCAUGCUUAUGCUGGACCCUGCAGAAAGGAUAACUGUCUAUGAGGCACUCAAUCACCCCUGGCUAAAGGAAAGAGAUCGCUAUGCUUACAAGAUCCAUUUGCCAGAAACUGUAGAACAACUAAGAAAAUUUAAUGCAAGGAGGAAAUUAAAGGGGGCAGUUUUAGCUGCUGUGUCUAGCCACAAAUUCAACUCGUUUUAUGGGGAUCCCCCUGAGGAAUUACCUGAUUUUUCUGAAGAUCCAACUUCAUCAGGACUACUAGCUGCAGAAAGAGCUGUGUCUCAAGUACUUGAUAGCCUGGAGGAGAUCCAUGCACUAACAGACUGCAGCGAGAAGGACCUUGAUUUCCUGCAUAGUGUUUUCCAAGACCAGCACUUGCACACACUUCUAGAUCUUUAUGACAAAAUCAAUACAAAGUCUUCACCACAAAUCAGGAAUCCUCCGAGUGAUGCUGUACAGAGAGCCAAAGAGGUUUUGGAAGAGAUAUCUUGUUACCCGGAGAAUAAUGAUGCAAAAGAGCUGAAACGUAUUCUGACACAACCUCAUUUCAUGGCCUUACUACAAACUCAUGAUGUGGUAGCCCAUGAAGUUUACAGUGACGAAGCAUUAAGAGUUACACCACCGCCAACAUCUCCCUAUUUAAACGGAGAUUCUCCAGAAAGUGCAAAUGGUGACAUGGACAUGGAAAAUGUUACGCGGGUCCGUUUAGUACAGUUCCAGAAGAAUACAGAUGAGCCAAUGGGAAUAACUCUAAAGAUGAAUGAGCUGAACCACUGCAUUGUUGCCAGAAUUAUGCAUGGAGGGAUGAUUCACAGGCAAGGUACCCUCCAUGUUGGUGAUGAAAUACGGGAAAUAAAUGGAAUUAGUGUAGCAAAUCAGACGGUGGAACAGCUUCAAAAGAUGCUGAGAGAAAUGAGGGGCAGUAUCACAUUCAAGAUUGUUCCGAGUUACCGCACUCAGUCGUCUUCAUGUGAGAGAGAUUCCCCCUCUACAUCCAGACAGUCCCCAGCUAAUGGUCAUAGCAGCAUUAACAAUUCUAUUUCGGACAUACCAUCAACUACUCAAUCAAAAGGACGACAGAUAUAUGUUAGAGCACAAUUUGAAUAUGAUCCAGCAAAGGAUGAUCUAAUACCCUGUAAAGAAGCUGGCAUCAGGUUUAGAGUUGGCGACAUUAUUCAAAUCAUUAGUAAAGAUGAUCACAACUGGUGGCAAGGCAAACUAGAAAAUGCUAAAAAUGGUACUGCCGGGCUUAUACCUUCUCCUGAGCUACAGGAAUGGAAUGGUACUGCCGGGCUUAUUCCUUCUCCUGAGCUACAUGAAUGGCGUGUUGCCUGCAUUGCAAUGGAAAAGACAAAACAAGAGCAGCAAGCCAGCUGUACUUGGUUUGGCAAGAAAAAGAAGCAGUAUAAAGACAAAUACUUGGCAAAGCACAACGCAGUCUUUGACCAACUAGAUCUGGUAACUUACGAAGAGGUAGUGAAGCUACCAGCCUUCAAAAGAAAAACACUAGUCCUCCUAGGUGCACAUGGUGUUGGCAGACGACACAUAAAGAAUACAUUAAUUACUAAACAUCCUGACAGAUUUGCUUACCCUAUCCCACAUACAACCAGACCUCCAAAGAAAGAUGAAGAAAAUGGAAAAAAUUACUUCUUUGUAUCCCACGACCAAAUGAUGCAGGAUAUCUCCAACAAUGAAUAUCUGGAAUAUGGCAGCCAUGAGGAUGCAAUGUAUGGGACAAAACUGGAAACAAUACGAAAGAUUCAUGAACAGGGACUUAUUGCAAUACUUGAUGUAGAACCUCAGGCUCUAAAAGUCUUGAGAACAGCCGAAUUUGCUCCUUUUGUGGUCUUCAUAGCUGCACCUACUAUUACCCCAAGCAUCAGUGAGGAUGAAUCUCUUCAACGACUGCAGAAAGAGUCAGAAAUUCUUCAGAGAACAUAUGCACACUACUUCGAUCUAACAAUUAUCAACAAUGAGAUUGAUGAAACUAUUAGACAUCUGGAGGAAGCCAUUGAGCUUGUGUGCACGGCACCACAAUGGGUUCCUGUAUCCUGGGUCUAUUAGACCAUUUUCAAGGGAACUGUCGGUGUUUUAUUACUUCAAAAUCACCUUUUGCAGUACUUGGAGAAUCCUCUCUGUUGGCAUUCUGUCAACUGGUCUUGGCCCCUAGAGACUACCUAAAUGUAGUGUGAUCUAAAUUUAUAAUUAUUGUCAUGUUCUAAUAGGUGGGAAGGAAAACAAAGCAAACUUUCAGUGCAAAUUUAAAGAGACAGUAUCUGAGUAUUUUUAAAGGGAAUCUGUCAGUGCCCUGGCAUGAUACAUGCUGCAGACAGUGUGAUAUAGCUGUUUGUACAAUAAAUUUAAUACCACCUUUGUUGUAGUUUUCCAUGUUGUAAAAAUUGCACUUUAUAUAUACUAUGAAGAGAGAAAGAGGCGUUCACCAGCCUCAUCAGUGCCCCGCGAUCUGGCAUAGCUUCUUUCCCUUUCCUUACUCUCAUUGAUUAGUAUGCAAGCCUCACAUCAAAGUGUCACACCAUCACUGUUCAUUUAAAGGGCCACGCACAGUUUUAACAGCCUCAGGCUCUCACUGCACAUGUGCUGCCCUUUGAAUCAACAGAGCUGACACAAGACUUGGAUUCAUAUUAAUCGACAAACGGGGAAGGAGCGGUGAGGUGUGCUGGCGAAUGUCUGCUUUUUCAUAAAAGAGAGAAAAUGCUUUUUUCUCUGUUUUUACAACAUUUGACAGCUACGACAAAAGUAUUAUUCUAUUUGUUGUACAAGCAGCUGUAUCAUACGUGUCAGCAGCUUGGAUCAUGUCAGAGCACUAAUAGAUUCCCUUUAACCUUUCUUUUUCCUCCUAGAUUGUAUUAAAUUAUACCCUUUUAAAACAUAUGCAUCAUUCACUCCUUUUGAAUGUUAUAUUUUUUUUAAACCAUAGCUUUUUGUUUUAAAGGCCUCUGAAAACUGCACAAGUGAUAUGCUGCUUUCUAUAAUCUAUUUUAAUAUAGGGGGAAUUUGGUUACCUUCGUAAAGGUGGAACACUACAUUUUUUUUUUUAGUCUUAAGUCAUUCAUUCAAUAGGAAAGGCACUAUUUAAUUUAUUUACACAAAUAGCCUUCAUCUAUUGGAAGAGGAGAUACCACAUAUUUUAAUGGCCUUUUCAUUUAAGAUCUUUUCUUUAAAGUAUUUACUGCUUACAAUUGUUUUGAUACUGUCUCUUUGAAGAAAACUCUAAACAAUAUAGAAAUUUGAAAGUGGGUCUUAAUGCAUGUGGACAGUCGCAAGCGUUUAUACUGUUGGUGUAUCUGUGUUGAACAAAUCUGUAACUUACAGAAACAUACAUUCCGUUCAUGGGAAUUCGUACCCGAGGGAAUUAAUUACAAUUAUUAUAACCAAGUUGUAAACCUAUGCACAUCCCUUGCAUUUUGGGCAACUUUAUAAAAACAAAAGAUUUUUAUUAAUCAUGUAGUGUAAUGUGUUUGUAAUUUUGUCAAUUUAAUUUGUUGUAAACAGGGGAAAGUAACAGCUGACUUUUAUUUUUAAUUUUUUUGCCAUUUCAAAUCUUUGUUGUCAAGAAGAGUAUUAAUGUUUUAAUUGAGAAAACGUCAAAAUGCUUUUCUUUUUUAAUGCAUUGUAAUUGUUCAAAAUGCACAAAAUAUGAUUUAUGUAAAAGAUGGUUUUGGGGACCGAUAUCAAACCAAUAUUCCAUUUUAUCUUAAAAAAAAAAAAAUUAUGAAAUAAAAUUGCCCUGUAAAUCCAUUAGCUAAGUGGAAUCAAAGUUACACUUGACCAAUAUUUUAUUUUUAAAUAUAUUUCCUUUUAUGUGAUUAUAUGCUUUUGGGUCAUUUAUUGUAUCAGAAAUUAAUUUUAUAAUUCUUUUGGCACAGCAGAUUGUGCAAAUAAUUUGUCUUACAGGUUGCACAUUACAUGUGCUCUUUGGGAAGUUGAUGGGUUGAAUUUUGCCCAAUCUCGUUAAUACUUGUUUCUAUUGGCACAGUUAUAAUUGCUAAAGCACAAAAUAUACAGUACAUUAAAGUCACUAGAGGUUUAUUCAUAACCUAUCAAGUUACAAAACAUGGCAUCCAACACAAGUAAUCAUCAUUUUUAGGGAUAAGGCCUUUCUGGGUAGAGGCAAUCUGUUUGCUGAAUUUGCAAAAGAUCCGUUUUACUCUUAUGUAUUAUUCAUUUUUAUCUAUUUUUUCUUUAUUCAAGAAGUACUUUCAUUUUGACAAAAAAUCUUAAUUCUCCUUUUGUAGAUACAUCAAUCCUUCUGUAGAUUAGAACCUCUCAUAAGCGCAUGUUGGUGUUGAAGGAGAAAAGCACUCCAUUUGUAUAACUGUAAACCAAAAAUGUAGUGUCUUUGUCCAACACAUUUUGUUAAAUCUAACAAUAUGGAAUAUUUUGACAUUUUGAUUUCUUCAUUUGUAGUCUUGUACAUCUGAAAGUUAACUGUAAAUGUCCAUAAAAAUCUUUCUGCUCAAGGAUGGCUGAUUAGGGUAAAUAGUGAAAACAAAUCACCAUGAGAGUAUAAAUAAAAUCAGAUUUAUUUUGUCCUGUGCUAUUUUUUAUUUCUGACUCCUAUUUCUAUUUAACAGCUACUAUACUGUAUAUAUUGAUCGUUAUGAUCUCACAUUUAACUAUAUUAAAGUUAAACACUGCAUUGAGUGACAAUUUUUUUUUCAUAUUUUUAAUCCAGAAUAUUUUAAAGUUGUGAAUAUUCCAAUAUAAAAUCCUACCCAUAAAUACAUUUUAAAAACCUCAAAUGAGAGUUCAAUGUAUCUGGUGUCAAUUUACUUUUGAAUUACUGAAUUUCUUUUCAUUCACAAUGGGGUUUUUUAUAAAUAAAAAAAAAUCAGGAAUAUAAUUUAUUUUUCUUAUCAGUUGUAGUUUCUAAUAUAACAGCCUCUCAUCCUUAUAAAAAUAAUUGGAUGGGGAAAUUACUGGUGCUAGAGAAACAAAAUUACUACGUGUUGCAAACUAGGUUUCUCACUUUAAAAUACAAUGUCUAUUACUUUCUUAGGCUUCCUAAUAUCAGUAUCUGUUUAAAUAUCUUGCCAAGAAAAUGUUUCUUUUCAGUGCCUGUUACAUCACAGUACAAAAUAAUUAAAAUCUGUAAAUUAUUUAAUGUGCGAUUCAUCAAUCUUGUAAUUUCAUUUAGAAAUGCUAUCACAUCCAUUAUAGUGAAUGUUGGGGAUUUGUUGUCAUUGCAGUAACCCGCUCCAGGCAAAGGGCUACAUCACUGCUAAUAAAUGAAACAUGUAAUGAAUUGCACUGUUAAAAAAGAAAUAAAAAAAUUACAAUGCUACUUUUUAUUAAGGUGCCACACUCCCCUAGAGGUAAAGUCUUCGGCCGGAUGGGAUUAAACCAUUGACAAACACCAACCACUGUCUUUGUGAAAAAGUAUGUACAUUUGAAUAGAAUAUGCUGUGAAGAAAAGCUGUACAUUAGUUCAUAAGUCAUAAGAAAGCAGAUUCUGUCACUUUGUAAGAUUGGUUAAUCAGAAUUAAAGACAGGUGAAAGAUCUUUGCAACAUGUUA